AUGUGCUACAGUGCUGGUGUCAGGGGAGCUGGGGGUGUAGGAGCAGAGAAUGAGGAGGCACUGGGGACUGUGGAGAUGUUGGAACCUGAGGAGGUGUCAGAGACUCAAAAGGCGUUGGAGCCUGAGGAGGCAUCAGAGUCUGAAGAGGCGUCACAGCCUGAGGAGGCAUUACUGUCUGAGGAGGGAUUGAAGCCUAAGGAGGUGGUUGAUAUAAUGAACAUGGAUACAGGUGAUAGUGGGAAUGUACCCCUGCAGUCAAGGCCAGAAACAGCAGAGGAAGAGAUAGAGCAAGAUGAUUGUUCAAAAAGUAUUGCUAGCAUAGCAACAGUGGAUGCUGGUAGUAACACUGCUAGCAGAUCAAACAGUGCAACUGUGAGCUAUGACCACAAUAGUGAGAGAAACAGCAGAGAAACUGGUGAUGGUUCACGGGAUAUUUCAACACCUUCUACAAGACAACAGACUCAACAACAGCGGAGGUCUUCAAGAUGUGGUGCUGCAGCUGUGCAUCCAACACCUAUUGGUCUUGCAGUCCGGGAAGCUUUUGUAUUUCGGACAACACCAGAUGUACCAGAUGGCUCUGAGGGUCAGCCUGCUGGGACAUACACAAUUGAUGAAAAUCCAUCCUAUCUGGAAGACUCAACAGCAGGACUUCCUGGUGGUCUUCACAAAGCACAAGAUGCAACAUCGCUUCCUGACACAGAAACACUAAUGUUUCGAGAUGGACGUCGCCGUAUUGACAUGGUUCUUGUAUAUGAGGAAGAAGAGCUAGGUGUCAUGACAGAAGCAGAGAUGUUACGAAGGGAGAGAAGACGUGUCUUCCAGGAGAACCUCCUUGCUGCUGGGUUGGAGCUAGAGCUGGAGGGGAAAGAGAUGGCUUUUGACCAGAAAACAUACUUUCUCAAAAUCCACAUUCCAUGGAAAGCCUUGACGAGAUAUGCAGAAGUAAUGAAUUUGAAAAUGCCUACUAAGAGAUUCAUAGCACUUUCCAGCAAUGCUUGGGUAAGUGACCGUAGAGAAAAGGAGGAAGAAUCAGAAACACCAGGAUUCCCCUUUAAGUUCAAGAAAAUGUUUGAAUACAACCAUAACCGUAUCGCAAAGGAACCUUCUUUUUAUGAAGCAUCCUACAGCAAGGACCAGGAAGAACAGUUUGUAGUGAAGGAAAGAGAACUCUUCUACACUUCAGCUCAGAGAAGCCUUGUUGUGUGGCAAGUAAUGAUGAGAACAAAGUAUGAUGAAAGUGAGAAGUGCGGCAUCCGCAGACUCCUCAACAAUAAAACAUAUUUGGCAGCAUUUCCUUUACAUGAAGGGAAAUAUGCUCAUGAUGCAUCCAGUGGAUAUAUUUUUGAUAGGAGGUUGCUGUAUCUUGAGUGGGCAUCUCUGUCAUGUUGGUAUAAGAAGCAACCCUUUUGGCUCAUCAAGAAAUAUUUUGGUGACAAAAUAGGCCUGUACUUUGCUUGGUUGGAUUUCUACACCAAAAUGCUUAUUCCUGCUGCUAUAGUAGGUCUGCUUUGUUUUCUUUAUGGUGCAGCAACACUAUACUCUAAUGAUAAUGUACCAAGCCUGGAGAUCUGUAAUAGGUCUGGACCUGGCAAUAUCACACUCUGUCCACAUUGUGACAAAGCAUGUCCUUUUACCAGACUGUAUCAGUCAUGUACAUUUGCAAAACUCACAUAUCUGUUUGACAAUCCAGCUACUGUCUUCUUUGCUAUUUUUAUGUCUUUCUGGGCUACCACCUUUCUUGAACUCUGGAAACGGCGACAAGCAGUAAUUGUGUGGGAAUGGGACUUGCAAAAUGCUGAAGAAGAUGAAGAACCAAGACCAGAAUUUGAGACAUCAGUUAAAACAUUCCGCAUCAAUCCAGUCACACAUGAAAAAGAGCCAUAUCUUCCCACAUGGAGCAAAGCUUGGAGGCUUCUGGCAACUACUUCAGUCGUGUUUCUCAUGGUUGUUGUUGUGAUGGGGACAGUUCUAGGAACAAUAAUCUACAGAAUUGCACUAAUAACAGUGUUUCAUAGCAGUGGAGGUUUCUUCAGUACACAUGCCAAGAUUUUCACAUCGGUCACAGCUGCUGUUAUCAACUUAACGAUCAUCAUGAUUCUGACACGGCUAUAUCAGAGAAUUGCAACACUUUUGACAAACCUAGAGAAUCCCAGGACUCAAACAGAAUAUGAAGACAGCUACACUUUCAAGAUAUUUGUCUUUCAGUUUGUGAAUUUCUACUCCUCAUUGAUCUACAUAGCUUUUUUCAAGGGGCGCUUUUAUAAAUACCCUGGUGACAAAGAAGCACGCCGUGAUGCAUUUCAAAGACUUACACUGGAUGUUUGUGACCCAGCAGGCUGCCUAUCUGAGCUCUGCAUCCAGCUGGCCAUCAUCAUGAUUGGCAAGCAGUGUUUCAACAACUUCCUUGAGAUCUUCUUACCGAAACUACGCAACUGGUGGCGUAAGAGGUACCACAUAUCAAAUACAAAAGAUUUAGAGCGCAGUUAUACCCGGUGGGAAGAAGAUUAUCACCUUGAGGAUUCGGGACGACUUGCUCUUUUUGAAGAAUACCUUGAAAUGGUAAUUCAGUAUGGUUUUGUAACUCUUUUUGUGGCUGCAUUUCCUUUGGCUCCUCUGUUUGCAUUGCUAAACAACAUUGGUGAGAUUCGAUUGGAUGCAUAUAAAAUGUUGACCCAAGCUCGACGUCCACUGGCAGAACGUGUAGAAGAUAUUGGAGCUUGGUAUGGGAUUCUUCAGGGGCUCACCUACACUGCUGUUGUUUCAAACGCAUUUGUCAUUGCAUAUACAAGCGACUUCAUUCCACGUAUGGUAUACAAAUUUGUCUAUUCACCAGACAACACAUUAACUGGUUACAUUGACUUCUCACUUUCUGAAUUCAAUACAUCUGACUUCCAGAAAGAUAUGAUACCUGAUGAUGAUGACAAUCCCAACACACCACCUCCAGAGACUUGCCAAUAUAGAGGUUAUCGUAACAAUGCCACUUCUGAGGAUCCGUAUGGCCUUUCAGCUGUCUACUGGCAUGUCUUUGCAGCCAGACUUGCAUUUGUUGUUGUAUUUGAACAUAUUGUGUUUGCGCUGACAGGAAUUAUGGCAUAUGCCAUACCAGAUAUUCCACAAGAGGUCCAAACUCAAGUGAAACGUGAGAAGCUUUUGGAGAAAGAGAGAAAGUAUGAAAUUGGCCUCAAAGCAGCAGGUUCUCCAAGUAAUUUUCGUGACAGAGAAGAUGGAAGUAAACUUCAAGGGAGAUUACAGCUGCCUCCACUUUUGCCUCCUGGGACAGCAAGAGAAUCAAACAACUGGUGGGCUCGGCGAGUGAGCAAAGUACGAGAUGUAUCAACAAGUCUUGCAGCUCUCAACAAAACAACCACUUAG